UAACUAGUUAGGUAUGUAUGUUAGUUAUUCGAGCGUGUGUAUUCGACCUCGUUGAAUGUGAGCGGGACGGCUGGCUGGGUCCAGCUUUCCCGACCAAAGGGACAUGAAGUUUAACGUCCAUCGCCAUCACUACCAUCACCACCACCACCACCAACAACAACAACACUAAUAACAACAAGCCGCCAAAAAGAAACAAGAAAAAGCGAGCGAGGAACCCGGCCGCGUUACCGACAGAAUGGCAAGAGGGCCGGCCCGCGGUCCAACGGCGCCGCCCCGUUGCAACGUCAGCCCUGCUCCUCGAGCCACCCCGUCGUCGGCCGCCUGUUUUCUUGUGGGAUCCAGAAACAUGGCACUGGAUGCGUGCAUGAGCCCGCGUCUGUAGCGCCGACGCCGGCGUCCACACCCUCGACACCUUGUUGUUUCCAUCGGGUGGUGCCCUCCCUCCUCGUGAAAGCCCACGCACCUCCUCCACCUCCUCCUCCUCCUCCUCCUCCUCCUUACGGUAGCCGACGAGCUAGGGGACCCUAAUAAAUUAGGUCGUGGUCCCGGACCGUCCACGUGUACCUCGUACGGGGCGCUGCCAGCCCACAAGAGGAGAAGAGGCCCCCUCCCCCCCGAGGAAGCCGGCCCCGGCCGUUUGCCAUGGUACCCAAUGGGGCCCGCCGUGACCACCCUCCUUGGACUGAGGCAAAGGCACGGCGAGAGGGAGAGAGAGAGGGUGCCCCGAGAUGGCGGACAUAUGGCGGGCUGGGGCUCGGUCGUGUCCGGUCGGUUGCCAUUCUCCUACGGGGUCGAGAGCUGCUUGCUCCGACUUUGUGACGCCCAAAUCGUAGCUCCUCGCCAACACUGCGAUGCGACGAUCCGGCGCCAUGGAAAACGUCAAGAUUGCCGUCAUCGGCCUCGGUACGCACCUGCGAUGCCCUGCAAUGCAACUUCCUAACACGCGGUAGGGCCCGCCGGGCUGACGGCCGUCAAGUCGCUGCGGGAGGAGGGCUUCGACGUCGUCGGCUUCGACCGGCGAGAGCGAGUCGGCGGCCUCUGGUCGUACAGCGCCGACCCUUCGCACACCUCGGUGAUCCAAAACACCGUCUCCAACAUUAGCAAGUUUGUUCGACUUUCCAGUUCCCAAAGAAUACCCCCCCUACAUGACCGGCUCGCACGUGGCAGAGUAUUUCCAGGCGUACGCGAGGCAUUUCAAGCUCGAGAAGCACAUCCGCUUUCGAACGACGGUGCGGAAAGUGCUGCGAGACAAGCUCGACUCUGGGUGGAAUGUCCACGUCUCGGGCCCCGACGGGGAGUCCGUCCUCCGCUUCGACAAGGUCGUCUUCGGCAAUGGCUGCGAGACGGUGCCCAAGUGGCCGCCCAUGCCAGGCAAGGAAAAGUUCAAAGGCUCGGUCCUCCACGGCCAGAGCUACCGCACGCCCGACCAAUUCGCAGGGAAGCGGGUUCUAGUCGUGGGCAUCGGUAACACGGCAUGCGAGGUGUCACUCAGCCUUGCGGGCCAUGCGUCCACGUUGUACCAGUCCUACCGCCGAGGGCGAAUCAUCGUCUCGCGGUACCUCGACGACGGCAUCCCGACCGACAGCACCAUCCCCUGGCCGGUGCUGCGCCUCAAGUACAUGCUCGACUACAACCUCCCGUGGCUGACGGCCCCGCUCGUGGACAAGUUCAUGCAGGGUAAGAUGAUCAGCGACGCGGCACGCGAAGACCCCAUGGGGCCAGGCCUCCCGGCGCGGGCCCGUCGGAAGCGCGCCGAGAAGAAGCUCACCGAGGACUGGCGCCUGGUGCCGUGCCCGAGCAUGGCGCACGAGCACCCAGCCGUGCAGGAGCACUUCCUGCCCGCCCUGUACCGGGGGCGCAUAACGCCCGUCAGGGGGUUCAAGGCGUUUACCGGUGACGACCGGGUGCUGCUUGAUGACGGCACAGAGGUCGAGGUGGACGCCGUCGUCUUCUGCACGGGCUAUUCGCUCGACUUUGGCAUCAUGCCGGAGCUGGAGAUGGACGGCGCAUGCGGCCUGCCGCUCGUGACCGCGGACCGCGCGCAGUCUGACCCGCGCGUCCCGCAUCUGCCACGCCUGCACCGCAUGCUCUUCCCCCCGCGGUGGGCGUCGUCGGUCGCCUUCCUCAGCUGGAUCGCCCCUCAGGAGGCCGUGUGGUGCACCUGCGAGCUGGCGUCGACGGCCGUGGCGCAGGUCUGGGCGGCGGAGACGGCCCGGGAGCUCCGCCUCGACCAGGCGGCCCCGGCGGCGGCCGGAUACCGCAAGCCGGCGCUGCUGCCGUCCGAGGCGGACAUGAACGCCGAGGUCGACGAGUACCACGCAUGGUGGCGCAGCGAGUGGGAAAAGGAGCCGUCGGUGCGGCCCGGCUACGUCCGCGCCCACACCUGGUACCGCGCCAUGCACGAGCUGGCGGGCACGGGCAUGUACGGCCACAUCGGCCACCCCUUCUCCCUGCGCGGGUGGCGGCUGUGGUGGCGGGACAGGGACCUGCACAAGUGGCUGUCCAGGGGGCCCAUGAACAGCUACGGCUGGCGCGUCUUCGAGACGAACCCCAAGGGCGUCCCCGGCUGCGGGAGGCGGGCCCUGCCCGAGGCGAGGAGGAACGUGGAAGAGGCGUACGAACUGUACCAGAGGUAUAAACAGGACAUGAAGGACAGUAGGCUGCGGAAAAAGGUCCUGCCUGAUGAUUGAACAGGCUUGUGGGAAGAAAAACAUCUAUUAGCGAGGUGCAGCAUCCCAAAGCGGAAAUAUUCUCGGCGAUGUGGGGCCGGGCCGGGACCGGGACCAGGGCGGGAUCGAAGGCGCCCGUCGGGCCCGUGCGAGCGGCACCAGUAUUUUGUCCCUUAGGCCAAUGAGCAAGAGCAGCAUUCUUCACUCAGGUAGCGUCAGAAUAAAACCCAUUGAGCAGUCGAUGGCCUCGGUCUACGACGAUGCCAUCCAUCUGCCCGGUGCCGCCCCGAAGGAUUUGGCUCUGCUGCUGACGCUGUGGGCUCCGGUGAGCCGAUGACCUCAUGCCACGGGAUUGAAGCCGUCGUGAAGCAUGCAACUUCGUCCCAGGCGCCUGCCUAUAUCUUUACGGGACUACGAAUUCGAUUCGGGAGGAAGUCUACCCGUCACGUCCUCGAUCCGUUCGUCGGUCAGCCGAUGGCUGCUUCGCCGAUCGAUCCGCGUGGGGUUUGUCUACUCUGAAGAAGCAAGGGCUAUCAGAUCUCAGCAGCGCCGGCUGUCGAGCUUUCGUGUCCCUGCCAUUCGCCAUCCCGUGCUACAUUCACGGUGACUUGCACAGUAUAAAGGACUUUGUCCUGGCCGUUGACAAGGGAGAACCCGCACUGGACCUCAGGCAGCAACAGCAGUCCCCAUGUUCAUACUACCAACUGAUGAUGUACUCCUCUGUCAAGUUAAUGUAUACCAAGUAAUUCCAUGUAGGAUUUCCAGGUCUGUCACACAGCUUCUUCGCUCGCCA